UGCCAGUGCAAAUGCGGCCGGCGGUCGAAAGAGUCUAGAGUGGAAGCAAGAGCUGUACAUUUCGAGAGCUGCACGUCGGAGCACGUUCUACGUUCCAGCAGAACUAUCGCGAGGUUGUUCUUCGGAAGAUGCCAGCUGGCUAAAACUCGACGAGACAUAAAUCGAAAAUCUACAUCCACCAUCUGACCAGAAACUGUUAAGGAACGCAGAACCCUUCCAACCAUGGCUGUGGACUAUGUGCUGGAGGAUCUCAUGGGGAAACUGGGGGAAUUUGGUAAAUACCAAUUCCUGCAGUUCUUCCUGCAAGUUCUCUCCGCUUUGACCGCAGGCAUGCAUAUGCUCUCCCUGGUUACGGUAUCCGCCGUGCCGGAGCAUCGCUGCUUUAUCGACGGCCUCGACAACAGCUCCUUGGCUCUGGGGCCAUGGAACGUGAGCGCCUUGGAGCAUGCCAUUCCCACGAAGGCCAAUGGUGAACUGGAGUCCUGCUUGAUGUACGAUCCCAGUUCUGUGGGCGGCAACGAGAGCACCAUUGCCUGUGCACAGUACGUAUACGAUACGACGUACUACAAGACAUCGCGCACCAUUGACUGGAACUUUGUGUGCGAUCGCCGAUGGAUGGGCGCCAUUGUGCAGACGGUGUUCAUGCUGGGCGUAUUCACGGGCGCCGUCACCCUCGGCGGAUUGGCGGAUAAGAUUGGUCGCAAGACGGUCUUCUGCUGGUCGGCGCUCUUCCAGCUGAUCAUCGGCGUGGGCGUUGCCUUCAUUCCCGAAUACUUUUCCUUCAUGGUGGCCCGCUAUUUGUUGGGCAUUGUGGGUUCUGCUGGAGCCUACAUCUGCGGAUUUGUGUUGACAAUGGAGCUGGUGGGACCCACAAAACGUACUGUCUGUGGCAUCACGUUCCAGGCUGUCUUUGCUGGCGGCAUCAUGCUGGUCGCUGGAUGGGGUGCACUUAUCCACGAUCGUCAGUUGCUGCAGGUGAUCUAUGGCCUCCAUGGCUGCCUCUUCCUUGGCCACUGGUGGCUCCUCGAUGAGUCUCCGCGCUGGCUCUGGAUGCAGGGACGUGCCGCCGAGGCCGUGGACAUUGUGGCCAAGGGAUUGCGCAUCAAUGGCUCCGGGAUACCCGUGGACAAGGACUACUUUGUGCAGAAGGCCAAGCAGCAGGCGGCGGUGGAGGAGAAGGCCAGUGCCGGACUGAGCGAUCUCUUCCGGACACCCAACCUGCGCAUGAAGACGCUCAAUGUGUGCCUCUGCUGGUUCGCCAACUCCAUCGUGUACUACGGAUUGUCGUUGAGUGCCGGCAAGCUGUACGGCAAUCCCUACCUGAUUCUGUUCAUCAUGGGACUCGUCGAGUUCCCCAGCUACAUAACAAUCGUGUUCGUGUUGGAUCGCCUGGGACGUCGCUCCAUUACCUCCACGCUGAUGCUGAGUGGAGGACUCUGUUGCAUCAUUGCUGCAUUUAUUGCUCAGGGCAGCACCACCUCCACGGCUGUGGUGAUGGCUGGCAAGCUACUCAUCGCCGGCUCCUUUGCCGUCAUCUACAACUACUCGGCGGAACUCUUUCCCACUGUCGUACGUAACUCUGCCAUGGGUUUGGGCUCCAUGUGUGCCCGUCUGUCGGGCGCUCUCACGCCUCUCAUCACCCUCCUGGACUCGUUUGAUCCAAAGAUUCCCGCUGUACUGUUUGGUGUGGUGGCGCUGGCCUCUGGCUUCUGGGUAAUGUUCCUUCCAGAGACGAUGAACCAACCGAUGCCCGAGUCCAUCGAGGAUGGCGAGAACUUUGGCAAAGGCGACACGUGGUUUAGCCAGUGCGCUGGUCGCAAGAAGCGCCAGAAUAGUAUUUAUCCGGACGAUCCCGAGCAGAUGGUGCCGCUCAAGAAUAUCGAAAGCAAAUGAAUCAAAAAACCCAAAGUUCCGCACUGCCCCCCGCCCUUGUUAUCCCAUUUUAUUUCGUUGUUAAGCAUUUCCUUUUGUUUUUAGUAGUACUCUAAGUUGUAAGAUCCA